GCCCUGCCUGCCGCGUAGCUGAUGAAGCUUUCUACGAUAACCGAGGACGAGAUUUUCUGAAAGGACCAACUCCUUAUCACCAUCAGCAGCAGCAGCAGUGGCUUUGACUUCAAGAACCGUCAAGAGUGUGUCCCCUCAGUGUAGGGAUACUUUAAAGAGCGUUGCCGUUGCCCGGUGCGCCAAGUUACGGAUUAUUAAUUUUCUGUUCCCGAGGCUAAAUUCCUUCAUCGUCGUCAACGUCACGAACAGGUUAGACAAUCGGGCCUCGUCAACGCCGACUACGACUACGACUACGUGUGUGGAUUAUGGUGUUUUAAGGUGUGCGUUACGAAACCGUGGAGUACGCGAGAGGUGUUGUUUAGUGAAGCACGCGAUCGAAGAUCGAAUCGCCAAAAAUCGCACGCCGUGGAAUGCGACGGCGCGGUUGAGUCAUUCCUUGGAAGGUUGAGCAAUAGCUGCCAGCAAACGAAGCAGUGAUCCUGACUGGGAAGAAGGAAGAAAUGCACGACAGGUGACCAUCGCCGAAGAGAAAUUAAACGGUCGAAGAACCUGCAAAGCAGGUCUCCGCGCGCGAGAGAGAGUGUGUGUGCGUUGAAAGUUGAGUUGGGGCCCCGAAAACAAGGGCUGGGCAAGAUUUAAAGUUUAUUACGGCGAAGAGAGGCGAAGGUGAUCACAAAACGGAGAAACCGGCCGUCGUUGCGCCAACCUGCCUGCCCGAGAGUGCCCCUGUUCAGUGUGGUGAUGUUGUGGUAGCUAAAAAUAUACAAAGUUGGCAAGCGAGCUCGCGCGCGCGGGAAACGCUCGACCUGCUGCUGUCCGAGAAGAGAGCGAGUGCAUUUAAAUGUUGAGUGCGUUUCCCCCCUCCUGUGUUUGGCUUCUGUUUCGGUGUUUUGUUUCUCGCCAAGAAUUCGGGGUUGUGUGUGAGUGAGUGUUUGGCCGGCCAGAUGAUGGCCACGCGGUGAAGGGUAAACCUCAAUGACAGAGAAAAGUGAAAUUGAAAAGCUCGCCAGCAUGAAUGAGUCAGGGCCGCCGAUGAACGGUGGCGCCGGCCCCACCGCCAAACCGGAUGGCAAAGAUCUGUCGUCGAAGAUGGGCGUCAACGGCGAUAACGGAACGGACGUUCCGGACUCGCUGAUGAUGAGCCCCAACAAUGGCAUUCAUCACCAGCAGCAGCAGCAGCAGCAGCAACAGCAUCAGCACCAUCACCACCAUCACCAUCAUAACCAUAACCAGCAGCAACUGCAGCCGCCGCCGGUGAAUUGUGGUGGUGCUGGGUUCUACGAGCAAAAGUCCGAGCAGCAGGAAGAGGACGACGGACUGGGACCGCUGCCGGCCAAGUGGGAGAAGGCGUUCACGGACAGCGGCGAGGUGUACUUUAUCGACCACAACACCGGCACGUCGCACUGGCUCGACCCGCGGCUCUCCAAGUUCCAGAAAAAGUCCCUCGAGGACUGCCAGGACGACGAGCUGCCGUACGGGUGGGAGAAGAUUUGCGAUCCGCACUACGGUACCUACUACAUCGACCACGUGAACCGGAAGACGCAGUACGAGAACCCGGUGCUGCAGGCGAAGCGCAUGAGCGAACGCGGGGCGGCCCCUCCGCCGGGUGGUGGUGGUCCUCCCAUGGGUGGUCACGACGAGGUUGGUGGCGCAGGAGGAGGUGGAGGUGGGGGCGGUCGGGUGAAUCACUUUACGAAGAAUCCGGGCAGUUUGCAGGGCGAGCGGUUGAUGACGACGCUGGUCAAGUCGACGCGGGGGUUGGGCUUUACGAUCGUCGGAGGGGACGAUAAUGUGGAGGAGUUUCUGCAGAUCAAGUCGAUCGUGCCGAACGGGCCGGCCUGGAUGGACGGGAAGCUCAAGACGGGCGAUGUGUUGGUUUAUGUGAAUGAGAUUUGCGUGCUGGGGUUCACGCACCACGAGAUGGUGAAUAUCUUCCAGUCGAUUCUUCCCGGGGAGGAGGUGCACCUGGACGUGUGCCGGGGGUACCCGCUGCCGUUCGAUCCGAACGAUCCGAACACGGAGGUGGUCACGACGAUUGCGGUUGACGGGUUGAACAACGGGGUUAUGACGGAGUCGGAUCUGAAGAUGCUGGAGACGGGUAUCUUUAUGGAUCCGAGCGAGGGCGGAGUUCAGCACAAGAAUCCGCUGGCGAAGAUCCAGUCGGGUGGGGGUGGCGGGGCGACGGCGAACGGAGGCGAUGUGUACUUUAGUGAUACGCACCCGUACCAGCAGCAUUACAAGAGCAAGGAGAAUAGCUUUGAAAUUCCGGAGAUUCUGCACAUAAACAUUGUGAAGAGUGAUAACGGGUUCGGGUUUACGAUUACGGACAGUUCUUACGGGCAGAAGGUGAAGAAGAUUUUGGACAGGCAUUGCUGCAAGAACCUGCAGGAGGGAGAUAUUCUGUUGAGUAUCAACUCCAUUCCGGUGAAGGACAUGUCCCACAACGAGGUAGUGCAAGUGCUGAAGGAUUGUCCAAAGAACAUCGAAACGACGUUGAAGGUUCAGCGUGGCCCUUCGGCGCUGCUCGUCGGCAGUAGUAAGAUGACGAACAAACUGAGGAAAAGUAUCGAACUGGCCAAGUUUGGUGGAGGUCUGCUCAAGAAGGACAGCGGUUACGGGAUCGGUGGGAACAGUUUGUUUAGGAGUAAAACGCCAACGGCGGAUCUGUACAGUACACAGGCGAAGGAGAUUCUUCCGACUAGGCCAAAAACACCACUGGUAGACACGCGGGCCCGGGCCAAAACACCUUCGCUGCCAUUGUCCGAUCUGAACACGGAUGAAAUCGAGCUGGACGUGAAUAAAAACUCCGGUAACGGUGACUCCAAGAUGGAUCUGAACUUGAACAUGAAGUCGAAUGCCAGCUCACAUGACAACGACUCGAUUGCGAACGAUAUUGGGUCGUACAACAACGAUGAUCAGUUCCAUCCGCACCAUCACGGUGGAAAGCAUGCCAACUUGUUGGCGGAUCGGCUUGGCGAGCUGACCAUCAGCAGUUCGAACAACAGCACCACGGACACAAUCUAUCACAACCAUCAACCUCAGUACGGCGGUGGUCAAGUCCUCCAGCAGCACCAGCCCAACUACAACCACGGCUACAACCAGCUUUAUUCACCUCCGCUGGUCCCACCUCCACCAGUGCCACCCCUUUCAGCAAACCACGUCGGUUACGGUCCCAACUCGGUCCAAAUGCCCCUCCAGCCAACAUAUCAUCACGAGAGUUGCUUCUGCUACGAUUGCCAGGACUACCAGCGCCAGCAACAGCAACUCAUGUACCAACAGCAAACGCUCAACCGGUCGUACGGCCAACAACAGCAGCAGCAACAACAACAAUCUCAACAGCAUCUUCCCUACCAACUUCCACCCCAAAUGAGCGACAACAUUGGCAAGCGGCUCAACGAAUACCUGAUGGACCGGAAGCGAUCGCUCCACCAGCAGCAGCAACAACAACAACAACACCCGCAGUACGACAACCUGUACCACCAUCACAAGGCACCGGUUCCACUUCCACCCCAGCAUCAUCAACAGCAACAGCAGCAGCAACAGCCGGCUUUCGAGCAGCACUUUUACCCCCAGCAAGCACCGGUUCCGUGGCCGGGCGGACCACGCAACGGCAGCAGCGUCGGCAGCCAACACUCGCCCCAACUGUACGGCGGAGCCGGGGGCAACGUAGGCUUCAUGGCGCCCGUUCCGAUGGAGGAUUACACGCUGACGGAGGUGGUGCUGGAGCGGCAAGCGCUCGGCUUUGGGUUUCGAAUCGUCGGCGGCACGGAGGAGGGCUCCCAGGUGACGGUGGGGCACAUCGUGCCGGGGGGAGCCGCCGAUAAGGACACCCGGAUCGCGUCCGGCGACGAGAUCCUCAACAUCAACGGGGUAAAUGUGGAAAACGCCUCCCACCAUCGGGUGGUACAGUUGAUGGGUGAGGCUGGCCUCCGGGGUCAGGUCACGAUGAUCCUGAGGCGGCGCAAACCGCUGAAGGCGCCUCCGCCGCCACCGAAUCCGCGCUACCCGUACCAGGUGCUGGUGUCGCGCAACGAAAACGAAGGCUUCGGGUUCGUGAUCAUUUCCUCGUCCGGUCAGUACCACGGGUCGUCCAUCGGUGAUCUCAUCCCGGGCAGCCCGGCCGAGCGCUGUGGGGAGCUCAAGAUCGGCGACCGAAUCGUGGCGGUGAACUCGAUCGACAUCACCGGCAUGAGCCACGGCGACGUGGUGAACCUGAUCAAGGAGUCCGGUCUGCAGGUGCAGCUGUCGAUCGGGUGUCCCCGGCCGGACGGUCCGCCGUUGAUUCAGACGGCGGCGAACGCGGUGGCCGCAUCGAACGCGUCCAACGCCAGCGGCAACGAAAUGUACGUGAGCAGCAGCAGCGGAAGCAACGGCGGUGGUGGCGGACCGCCCCUCAUGAACCGCUACCCCACGAUCAUGUCCUGAUUGCGGCGGACGAAGGUUCUCGUGCGGCGCGCUUCGGCGUCGAUCGAGGAGGAAGCGGCGGAUUGAGCGCGGCGACGGCAGCAGCCUGCCGGAAUGGAACCAAAGCAUUUGUUUUUAGGCGAGUUUAUUUACUGUUAAGACGGCGGGAAUGGAACGAGCACGUUCCACGCACAGGUGAGUGUUGAAUCUAGCAAAAAGAAGCAAACAAGCCGAGAUAGAAACGGUGGUGUGUGGCAAUAGAUGAAAUUAGUUCGUACUAGUGCGCUGUGGGUAGAGAGAGAGAGAGAGAGCGGGAGCAGUUACACAAUAGAGAGCGGGUAUGGGUAAAAGAUUGUCGUGUGUAUCAGGUUUCGGCGCGACGCGGUUUUUGUUUGUUUGUUCUACAGGUCACGUGCGGUUUUCCCGUACGUGAUGCUUCGUUGUUGUUGGGUAUGUGUCUAAAGGUGACUCCGCUAUCUGCGAGUGUGUGUUGCAUGAGUUCUGCAUUUUUGGACGAACUUUUAAUAUAAAGUUGAAUGAUAUAUUUUUUGCAAUUCUGUUUUGAAAA